AUGAGAAUUGAGCUUUUUAAAUUGAUCUAUAUAUUGGUAAUUUUGCAUGGUUUUAGGAAGGUCGUUUAUUCCAGCAAAUACCAGUUAGGACUCUCAAGCUCAUUACUCAAAAUUAUAACCGAAGAUGGUUCAGAAAGUAGAACUAAUGAUAGAACAAAAUAUGUUAUCGAAGUAUUAGAUUCCUCACUUUAUUUCAGUUUUAGAACAGAAGCUGUAUGUAAGGAAGUGAAAUAUCAUGACUAUGUACUUUGGGAGCCUGAAGACUCUGAAACCAAACCUAGAGCUAUCUGUAUGCAUAUGGAUAUAAACGAAAUUGUGAUGCAGUUCGAUGGGUACCUUAAUAUUUACAAAUACAUUAAUGAUCAAUGGGAAAGAGAGACCAAAAAUUUGAAUGAAAUCUUUGAAAAUUUGCCUCAAGAUUCUGUUGAAAUUGUUACAAAAGAAGGUAAUCCUAACGAUUACCUUUCCUUGGGUACAGUCUCAGUUGAUUAUAACUUCAGAGGAUCCGAAAUUAAAAUCCAGUCUAUUAGGUUUGGUGGAAAAGUUUUUUGGAAACCAGAAAAUAAAUCUGAUAUCAAGUAUCCCACAAGAGUUAAUUAUGACAUUGUUAAGAAGACUGCUUUGAUUCAGUUUGAAAAUUUCUAUUUACUCUACAGUUGUAGAAGUGAUAAAUGCAAUCUUUUAUCUGAAAACAAUAUUUAUCAACCAACAGAUGGAAUUACAGUUGUAAUUAAUGACCAAAAUGGUUCAACUCAAGAGGGCGAUUUGAGCAAAUAUUUAUUGAGAAAGUAUGAUUUAGUAUCAGAAUACGUAUUUGAAAGUCAAUACAACUGUACUGAAUUCAAAUUCGGAUCUCAAACAUUGUGGAACUAUUUUGGAGACAGUUCAAAUGGUUACCCUAGGACCUUGUGUUUUCAUGAAGAUUUAAAACUUAUUUUUGCCGAGUUUGAAAAUUCAAUAUAUUCAUACAAAUGUACUAGUGAAGGAUGUGUACCCAUUUUAAAGUAUUCACUUGAUGGAUUUUCCAAUUCAAAACUCACAUUUGUAACUGAGAAUGACAUGGAAGAACCUGGAUAUAAUGACCCAGUUCAAUUUGAUGAAAAAUCAUUUGGUUUCGGUACUGAAUUUAUAUUCAAACCUAAUGUUAAAUGUACUGAGAUUAAGUAUGAUAAUAGGCCUGUCUGGUCAUUCCAAUCAAAUGAUUCUGAAAACAAAUAUCCAAAGAAGGUAUUUUUUAAUUCCUUCACCAAAAUGAUCAUUGUUGACUUUAGCAAGUUUUAUAUGAUUUAUCAAUACGAUGGAAGUGGAUUGUAUUUAAUUUCAACUGAUACUUUAUAUGGAUCAUUAAUUAGUGAUUUCAAAUUCAUUGGAGAAAAUAAUUCGGAACUUGCCAAGACCGACUAUGAAACAGUUAAUUAUCCACUUGGAUAUGCUUUUGCAUGUAGAUUCAAUAAAGUAAAGUGUGUUGAAUUUAGUUUUAAAAAUAAAACCGUUUGGAAACAUAAUCCCCAAAAAAUGGGCUCAAAUUAUCCAACUAAUAUCUAUGUAAAUUGGGAUAUGAAGAUGCUCAUUGUUGAAUCACAAGCGUUCUUUAAUGCUUAUAUGUAUAUUAACAAGGAAUGGAAAAAUAUAUUUACAUUCCCAGAUGAAUCGCAAGUUCCAAGCGGAACCCCUGAAGAGACUAAACCUUCUAAAUUAAGGGGAGAUUAUCAAUCUAAAUCAAUUAGAUUUAACAAAACUACAGCAAUUAUAUUGAUUGUACUAGCCAUCGUCGGAAUUACAUUGGUAGCAUUGGCUAUAAAAUGCAUUAUGAAGUGA